AUGUGCAAGAUUUUGAAUAACCAAGCCAUCAGAGCGACAAUAUUUUCGUCAGGAUUUCCUGCUGAACGAGGUAGAUGUGCGCUGAUCCCCUCCCGGCAACAACCUCCCGGAUCGGUUGAGGAGAUUUCUACGAGCAACGUGGCCUCGGGGCCGGCAAAGCUCAACGUGCAGGACGUUGUGACAGCGAAGGAAAGUUCCUUCGAAAGUGCAUCCGUAAAAAAGCAGCGGAAUCUACCUCGUCGAACACGUCGAUCUUCAUUGCCUGCGCUCCAAAGUCCAGCAGAGAGGAUAAGCUUUGCGGCGCUUGGUCGUAUGAUCAUCCAACGGACAGGGGUUCCUAUCUCUCAUUACGAGCCACUCACAGCCCUACAACUGCUCUGUGAAGAACUUCGAUUUUCGAAACUUCUCGACAAUGCAUGUAAUAAAAGUACAGCGGAAGAAAGGAUGGUCUACGUAGCGGCAUUCGCACUCUCUACCUACUCUAAUACCACUGGGCGAUUUCGGAAAUUCUUCAAUCCGUUGCUCGGAGAAACGUAUGAGUAUGAGCAGGGCGACUUCAAAUAUCAUGGCGAGCAGAUCUCCCACCAUCCACCUAUUUCCGCUGGGCAUGCUUCCGGGAAUGGAUGGACGUGGCAUCAGACAUUUAGCGCCGAGAUUACGUGGAACACGUGGGCUCAAACUUGCGAGUUUUCUCCAGAAAGGCCUGUUCGCCUCCAACUGCAUGGAGAAGACUACACUUGGAACAAGAUCACUACUCAUAUCGAGAACUUGUUGUGCAUCCCUGAAGAGCGCAAGCUGUUUCAUGAAGGUACGAUACAUGUGCGGUGCUCCAAUGGGGUGGCUGCAAGAAUCAACGUAAAGAAAAACAAGGACGUAUCCGGAGAGGUCACCAACUCCAAUGGAAAGACAUUCUGCAGACUUUUUGGCAAAUGGGAUGAACAGUUUUCUAGGCAGCUGGACAGCGGCAAGAACGAGGAGCUAAUAGUUGUGUCAAGUUCAGUAUUGCAUGCAGAGUACUUUGGAUUUUCGGACUUCACUAUGGGUUUGAAUGAACUGCAUGCAGAAGAAGUGCCGCUGCUUCCCCCGACAGACAGCCGCCUCAGACCAGACGUUAGGAAUUUGGAGAACGGGAAUUUGGACAAAGCCAUCGAAUAUAAGCAGGAACUAGAAAAGGAAAAACAGCAUGUGUUGUACUCGUCAUUGUUGAAAUGUAUUUCGAAAGAACAGGCCUGUCGUCGACUUCUACCUGAACAGGUAUGGAGGAGGAUUGAAAGUGGAUCCAGAGCGAUCUGCGAUUCUACUCGGUCUAGCGUCAGCUCGACCCUGCGCGUAAAUUGGCUUUCUGAGCCUUGGGCCAUCAUUUUCAGUUUCACAUCGAAUCGAUGGGUCAACAUUAAAGUCACAGUACGCCUCCACAAGCUUCGGGACCAGCUUCGAAUCAGAGCUAGGAAUGAAAGGAACCAUCAACACGGUGCACCUAUAAGCAGAAGAGCGUUACCCCCAACACCAUUUCCACGCAACUUCUAUAAAGAACCCGAACCAGGUCGCGAAACAGAUACAAAGUUUAGGAUUCUACUAUCUGGGGUGUUUUCCGCUUAUAACCAUUAUAGACGACUCACCCUUAACAGUCUCACGCGCGAGCAAUGGCAGGGUUUCACGGAAAUCCGCGAAAUGACUACAAGAGGGGACAUACGCCUUUCAGUAACCGAUAAGGGUGUGGAAUUCGUAGUCAUGUCACAGGCUCUUGCUCGGGAAAUAACAAAUCUUCACUUGCAAGAUGAAACGAUCUAUCGCCGCGUAACAGAGAAAGAAUUCCUUGUGCAGUGCAAACGCUUGAAUCAUGUGUGGAUGUCUAUGGGAAAAUCUGCUGGUCUUGACGAACGAUUUGUAAGCCGCCUAAAGCUUGACAAACCGACCUGCCCUGUGUUCUAUAGCCUCAUCAAAACGCAUAAGCUGAAACCCGAUGAGGUCAACUCAACAUCAGCGGCCACAUUCAAAAUCCGACCAAUAAUAAGUUGUGUGGGAGGACCAACGGAUCGCAUUUCGCGGUUCCUUAAUAAAAUCGCUGGUGGCCAUCCGCUCCAUGUAAUUGUAACGGCGCACAUGACGUCUUAUCUUCAAAAUGAAAAGGUCCCAGACCAGUGGAAGACCUUGCGAACCGUUCUUAUGCAUAAGAAAGGUCAUCCUCACAUAUCCAGGACGCUGGAUGAAGCCCAGCCUCAAGAACAAGCUGGAUUCCGUCAGAGGUUCAGCUGCUUGGACCACACCCAGACCGAGGGUCAUAGAGGCUCCCAAAGCUCGUGGAAACUUCGUCACCUACGACAUUCUAUAAAUAUGGAAAAUGACCUGAAGGAAGAACUGACUAUGAUGUUGACAAUAGCAUGGGCAUUAUUCGCACCCGUCAGGGAAACUACGGAUCAAGAUCUCGAGGAACAUCUGUUCGACUCGACAGUUCCUCCUGCGCUAAGACCUUGA